CCAACCAUUCAAAUUUGUUAACCAAGACUUACACUAUAUCAAUAUUUAGUUGUGUGCGUAUCCAACUAAAUAUUUUAGUUUGUUAACAAAUUUUUUUUCUCAGUGUAAGAAUAUUGUAAGCGACUGUUGAAUCCUUGCUAUUUGUCGUAUUUGACUUUGGUUCCGCCUGGAUACCUGGAUGUCUCGUCUUUCAUCGGAACGGGCAUCUCGGGACACAAAAGACUAACUGUGACUAGCUGUUGGGGGUGAACAAUGCGCUAGCUGCGUGCCUGCGCCUCCGCCAUUUUGUUCUCCUCGAGAGCCGUGUCCGCGUACGGACGGACUGUUGUUAUGUCCAUGCUUCGUGCGAUCGUUGUCGCUUCUCCGACCGCCGUCGCACGCUCGCAUCGCAUGUCGCACGUUACGCGACGUCGGCCGCGCGAGCAACGACAGUAACGUCCGUGUGACUGCGUCAGGAUGUUGCUCGACUAGAGAGAAAGCCAUUUCCGUCGCGACUGUGCCGCACUGCCACGUCCGAAAACGGACACGAACGUUUUCGUCAUUUGGAGAACGUCGCGUGACGUCGAUCAAUUUUCACGGUCGGUCGUGUGUCUUGUGCUGGUGGAAUUUCUUUCUCCGGCUGAUAUUUUGCCGGUACACAAGACAAUUACGUACGGGCUCGGAUUUCGACUCACGGAAAUGAUCCUUACGUUUAUUCGCCAACAAAAUAGAAACGAUCGUAUAGCAUCGAGAAUCGAACUUCACGAAAUCGUAACAAUUUAUGUUGUAAACAACAGGAAAAAAUAUGGAUCUUAUAAAUGUUAAAUAACGGGAAUAUUAAUUUCGAUUUUUCUUGUCUUUAAAUGUAGAGAUUUUCUGGAUUCAUAGGAAAAAUACAUCGACUUUGAGAUCUAUACUGGUAAAAAAGAUUUCCAAGAAGCUGUUUUAUCUAAAAACGGGCAUGUCAAAUGUUUUGCUAUCGAAGGAUGUUGCGUCGCUUUAUUUCGACCAAUUUGUGAUCGGAUACAAAUUCCCUAUAAAUUUCUUUGAUCAAUAUAAGUUGCAUUAUCAUUUAAAUUGCCGUAAUUUAGCGGAUCUCAAUGCGUGAAAAUGACCCUUAAUCUUCUCGCUUACUUUACAUAUCAAAUUCUGGCACGUUUCGUUAUCUCGAACGAGUAUCGAAAAUAUAACAAGGUUUAUAAUUAGCUCCGUAUCCGCUCCAUAUUAGGCCGUUCGACGCAGUUUUUGCUUAGCGCGGAGAAAUCUACGUUUUGUAUGAAAUAUUGUUUAAAUGUUGCAUUUUUAUUCACUUUUUUUUCUAAAAUAUAAAAAUGCAAACACUAAUGAAUAAUACAUAUAUCUGGACGAUACAUAAGUGCAUAAUUUUAUAAGAUUUAAUAAUAUAUUCUUAUAUUUUGCUGCAGACAUUUAUCAUUUAAUUUUAGAUACAAAACGCUUGAAAUCUCGCGUGCUAUUAUACUUACAUAUUCUUAAUACUUGGUCAAAAUCUGUGUUUUCAUUGUUAUUGAAGAUUUCAUCUGCAAUUAUCAAACAAUCAUCAAAUUAUUUUUAAUCAAUUCAAAAAAUAUCACCGUAAAUACACAUAAUUUGGUUUCGUAAUCAUUGACAUCUUAUUUAUCGUAAAGAAUACGUCGUUGAAUAAAUAUAUACUUAUGUAUUCACAUUUUUUACAAUGUGUGCGACUUAUUUUAUUGUAUUGCUCCUAUAUAUUCCUAGUUCCUACUCAAAAAUAUCCUAUCGACAUGGUGUACUCUGCAACUCGAUCAUUUAAAACAACUUUGUUGUUUUUAAUGAUACGAACAAAUAUUAAAGCGAAAAAAUUGUUUAUUUUGAAAGGGCAAAUAUUAUGACAGAUAACACAUUCUUUUCAUGCUUAUUUUAUGAAAUUUUGAGAUCAACAUUUUUUUUAAUAAGAUGGUAUAUUUUUAUUUAACAGUGAUGCAGUUCAUAAAAAAAACAAAUUCUUUCAUAAUUCUUUCAAUUCAUAAAAAAGAACAACUAUAUUGAUUAUGUCAACCUUAAAAGAACACUAAAGUUUUGUGAAGUUGAGUUUUUCUUACUUCAUGGUUUUACAAAACGUUAAUUAAUAAAUUAUUACAUACUGUUCUAUGUCAAUAUUGCAUACAUGUAAAUACAAAUUUUCAAGCAUACUCUCCUUAAUCUUUCAUAUUCAUUAUCUAAGCCAAAAUUUAAAAACUCAAUGUUUUAUCGUGAUCUAUGCCAUAGAUCAUUCCGUUUUAUAGACUGCAAAUUUUUGUACAAGGCAAAUAUUAAUUGGCACACGUUGACAGCUGUAGACGCCAUAUUGAACUAAGAGCAAAAUCAGAGUCCUUCAUUUCUGUCCCGAGAAAGGAAAUAAAGGAUUCUAAUUGAUUGAUUUUAAUUCUUAUACGUUAUGCGUUGUGCAUUAUACAUUAUGCAAAAGUUUAUAUAGAUUCAGUCAAGUCUAUAUAAUCAGACCAACAUCUGGUUAGAGCCGAAUAUCUAGGUUUCAGCCAUUUCACGUCGAUUUAAUGGCGGAUCAGAAAGUAAAAAUGUGCAUGUGUAAGAAACGUAAAAAAAUUUAAUCUUAAAAAUUGGUGAAAAAAUAAAGACCUACUGUUACAUUAAACAUGACAAUAAUAAUUGAGCGAAAAUGCGUACUAUUUUGAUUCGAUACGCCUGUUUGAUACAUAUUAUAUCAGACUAAUACGCGUCAUAGUUUACACUAUUGAACUAAAUUAAGGGGUCAAUUCUGUAACCCGAUGUUGUUAUGGUAUCAUUGCGCAACUAUUACGUGAUAAAAAAUCUGCACAAUGAUACCAUAACGACAUCGUUAAGGUUACAGAAUCGACCCCUAAGUAACUAGAAAUGUAGUACUUAGUACGCGUAUCAAACAAGCGGUGUAAGUUUGUAAAAAUAAAGAACUAAUUCCCCAAUUUCAAUUUAUUGCAACACUCGUUAUGAGUGAUUGACGCUGCACCAUACGUAUCGAUUAUCUUGAUCUUAGCUUAUAACAAUCGAACUCGUGGCGUUGCUGCGGCGUUGCUCCGGCGUAGAGACUCUAUAAUCAGAGUCUGGCAAACGUUAUUAUCGACAUUUUUCUUCAAAAUUGAAAGAUAUGUACGAUAUGUACUAUUUCUCUUUACAGUGACUCUGUGAACGUGGCAGCUCUAUAAACUUUAUAGUUUGUGGCUAACGUAAGCAAACACGCGGAUGCUGCAUAAUUAACUUUUUUACGAUUUUAUUUUUUUGUAAUAUUUCCUAAAGUUCUUUUUAUUUUUUAUAUAUUAAUAACAAUAAAAUUGAUUAGCUUGUUCGAAAUUGAUUAUUUUAUACAGAAAAAGAGGAUAUUAAAAAUGAGCCCAUAAAGAUGUACGAGUAAGUAAAAAAAAUACUGUUUUUUUUUGUAAUUUUAAACCUUCUGGGUACCAUAAAAUUAUUAUAAUAAAAAGUUUGUUGCGCUUGAGGAACAUCUUGAAAAUUAAGCACAAACAUGAUUAUAUUUAUUCUAAUUUCAAUAUUUUUGCUUAAUUUUUUGGGUAUUUCUUAAACGCUAUGAACAUUUUAGUAUCUUUAUUGUAUCCAGGAAGUAAAAAUCUACAAAAGACAUUUCAUUUAUUAACACUUUUAGACAGAAAUUACCACCUUUUAAAAAACCAUAAUUCUUUCUUGUUCUCCUUUUUUUAAUAAUAUUAACAUAAAUUAAUCAAUUAUAACAUAAUUUUAAUAAUUUUUUUAGUAAAUAUAUAUUUUUAUGAACAUGUAUUUCAAAUAACGGGCGCGAAUUGAAGAAAAAUGUCGGACCAAUGAAACGAAGCUACGUAUUUGCCAGACUCUGAUUAUAGGGUCUCUAUUCCGGUGCGAUAGCGGCUGAAGCUAGGAGCACGAUUUGCAUGAAGCGCUUCUAACAACUUUUAGUUAGAAUUUUUCCUUUUUCUAUGUCAAUUACACGCUUUUCAUCAAAUUGAACUGAUAACGCGGCGAUUUCCACUUGUUUUACGUAUAUAUUUAAUCUGCAGCGUAUCUCACGCACAUGCGAAAUGCUCUAUCUGUGUAAUAACAUACGAAACUGAAAUGGUAUCGCUGACUGACGUCCUUGGCGACCGAAUAUUGAGCAAACACACAUAGAUUACAGGAAUACGUCCAAUAUUACAGGGAGAAAGAACAUUCAUUUGAGUUUAGGUCAUUUUACUGCUUCGGCGUCAAUACUCACUGUCACUUCGAACGUGCACUACAAUCGAAUCGGGAUCCUUUUGAAUUUUGUCUAAUUUAAGUAUUUGCACCGCAUUUUGCGCAUUUGCGAAACAAAUAAUGAAUGACAAAUAUUCCGAGUAUGCAGAAGACGCAGAUGAGCCAUCUGUUACAUCGUCGGAUCCGAACGAACGGAAAUUAGCGCGCCGCAUCCGUAUUCAACGGCGCCUAGAAGCAUUAACUAAGAAAACAGAUACCGAGGAUGAAGAGGUUGUCGAGAAGACGCUCACCGAAAGGCAAAUACUUGCUAGUUCUGAACUGUUGGAAAACUUAUCGUUGGAAGGUGACGAAGUGGUGACUUCCGUGAAGGUGGCGAAUGACGCUAGGGAACUACAGCGACGGAAAGAGGCGCAAGAAAUCAGAAGAAUGUUGUUGAGGAAACUUGAAGAAGAGGAUGAGGAAUGUAUGAGAAGGUAUCGGCAGAUUAAUGAGAAAUGGUCAAGUAUCCUUGCAUCUAAGGAUCCGUUAGACAUACACGCUGAAAUGCAAGCUCAAAAUGCCAAGUGUCUGGAAAUUAUGGAGAGAAAAGACGCUGUAAUUGAGCAGUUGCGACAAGAGUUGGAGAACGCUGAUCUUAAAUUUGUUAAUGAUCAGAAAAGUCAGAGUGAGGAUGUAGACUUAUUGAUCAACAGGAUGGAUAAUCAAAUGAACAUCAUGGCCAAAGCUUAUCGUCGCGAGUUAUCGCUUAUUAAUGAUGUAACGGAGUCGGAGUGUAAAAUGUUAUUAGAAAAUUUUUCGAAGAAAUGGGAUGCGCUAUAUAAAAAGCUACGGGAGGACAGUCUCACGGGAUUAGACAGACGGAAGGAGAUAAUGCGCGAGUACGAGGAAGAGAUGAAGAGAGUCAUGAUCGAGCAUCAGGAAGAAUUCCGGGCGCAGAAAAUCAGUUUCGAGCUUGAAAUUCAGAAGCUCCAACAGGAGGUGCAAAGCACAAAAGCGCUGUGUUUCAUGAACAUUGAGAAACUGGAUUAUAGUUAUGCCGUACUCAAGCGACGAGAGGACGAAAACGCUAUAGUGAAAAAUCAGCAAAAGAGAAGAAUUAAUAAGCUUCAAGAUAUUAUCAACGGUCUGAAAAAGAGCUAUGCAGAAUUAGAAGAAAACACGAGACUUGAGAUACAGAGGCUCACCGAUCAGGUUAUAAAAGAGCACAAGAAUAUUUUGGAUUUGGUAGAAAAGUCGAAUCACUUCACAAGAAUUAAUGAUAAAAGAUAUAUAGAAAUUUGGGAUAUGAAUGCGAAAAAUGCGAAUGAGCUGCUAGAUAAGAUUUUAAAUGCUGACAAAAUUAUAUAUGAACAAGCAUUGGGUAUGGAGUGGAGUCCACCUGAAAAAACCUUGCUUAAAAAGAAAGAUCUGCCAUCUUAUCGUAGCGUGAUGAGUAUUAUAGAAGAAGAGAACAAAUUGGCUAACGAGAAAAAGACAAUAUGUGAAUCUUACAAACCGGCGAGCACCAUCGAGGAAAUCAAUUUAGAAAGACGAUUGCUGAAUCAUAUCGUAAAGCACAUUGCCGAACGUUGCGAUUAUCUGAUCGAAGAUAAAUUACUCGAAUUGCUUUUACCGUACACUUCGAACGAUCAGCUGGUCAUACGAUUGGAUAAUGUGUUUCAGGCGUUGAACAUUAAGUCCGAGAAGGAGCUUGGGUUUCUUUUGAAUUUCUUUCUGCCGUAUGCAUAUUGUCCUACAUGUAGUGAGGACGUGAGCAAGGACAUAAGCAGAUCUACUGACGAAUUUAUUAAAUCUACUUCUUCAAAAACAGAUGUUGAACAAGUAGACGUCUGUGGAGUUGCUGAGGAGUUUACGGAAGACGAAGCUAAAUUAAUUGCCGCUGUGAAAGAAGCAAUUUGUGACGAAAAAUUAUCUACUCCUAGCGACGAUGUGAGCAUCAUGGGCGCUUCGUCUUUUAGUUCUUCAACUGAAACGUUAUUUCCCACCGCGGAAUGCACUUCAACUUCACAUGCAUCUAUUAGUGACAUCAUUAAGGACGACGAUCAAAUGCAACGACGCUUAUUGUGUGACAAGGGACAUUUACUCGAAAUCGAAGCUACGUUUGUUACUAGAGCGUUACGAGAAUUUAUAGAAAGAUAUCAUUUUGUUAAGUGGAAAGAGAUGCCAGAGACAUUUCAAGAAAAAUUAACAGAGAAAAAGACAGUUGUAUCGCGAAAUAUGACAAUUCAGGAUAUAACUGACUUUUGGAAACAAUACGGUGAAAUUUUCCCAACAAAAAAGGAACGACUUUGGGAUAGUUUAUUAAUUGGACUUAAAAAGUAUCAUGAAAUACUAAAAGAACGACAUUGUUUGAACAUUGAGGUGAAAUCUUUACGAAUGCAAAAUGAAGAAUUACGCCGUUUAUUGAAAACAUAUAUAAUCCAAGUAGUGGAUUGGUACGCAGGAUAUGAGCAGUUUGUCAAGCGCAACCUGACUCUGCUCCCCCAUCAGCAAGCAGCGCAGCAGCCGGACGAACAGUCUCAGCAGCUGGCCCAACCGCAGCAGGCUGACAUUAUGACGUCCAUGUUCGAUCAGCAGAUCAAGAGCGAGCCCAUGGGGUUCUAUUCAGUCGCUUCCAGUCGCUCGGACGGAUCCAACUCCAUGGUGAAUCUGUCUGAUGAUCGAGAAGAUCUUUCUCAGCAGGAGGGUCAUCUACAGCCUCAGCAGCAGCCGAUGCAGCUGAAUCAGCAACAAAAUCAGCAACAGGGCCAGCCGCAGAGUCAGCAGCAGACGCAACCGAAUCAACAACAGCAGGGUAUGCAGGAGGACUCACCGAGUCGCCAGUCCACGGGCCAGCAGACCGUUAAGGAGGGCUCACGGUCGAAGCCUCAGCCUUGUAAGGUCUGCGGCAAGGUGCUGUCCUCCGCUUCGUCCUAUUAUGUGCAUAUGAAACUUCAUUCGGGGAACAAGCCCUACCACUGUACAGUAUGCGAGGCGAGUUUUUGCCGCAAACCUUAUCUGGAAGUGCACAUGAGGACGCACACGGGCGAGCGACCUUUUCAAUGUGAGCUGUGCCUGAAAAGGUUUACUCAAAAGAGCAGUCUCAAUACUCACAAACGGGUGCACACGGGCGAACGACCGUACGCGUGCGACAUUUGCCACAAACGUUUCGCCGUGAAGAGCUACGUGACGGCGCACCGUUGGAGCCACGUAGCCGAAAAGCCGCUGGUCUGCGAUCGAUGUUCUCUCACGUUCACGUCCAAAAGUCAAUUUGCGAUUCACAUCCGUACACACACCGCCAGUACCACUUACGAGUGCAAUAUCUGCGGACGUACAUUUGUACGCGACAGUUAUCUAAUAAGGCAUCAGAACCGGGUACACCGUGACAUGAAUCAGAGCAGCUCGAAUCACAAUCCGCCGACGCCGCAGAGCAGCGGCGCCGGCACGCCUGGCGGCACCGGCUUCGAGAGUCCGGUCUGUGAUCUGCGCUACAGCGAGGGACCGUCGUCCCUGGACGGCCUCGCGGGGGCUAAAGGCGCGGGCAUCGCCGUGGAGAUCGCUAGUUUAGCCAAGCAGAACAAUCUACAGCUUCCACUACCGCUGCUGCAUCCGCAGACCACCAACUAGUGUUUAGACAGCAGCAGUGCUACCCAGUCCCUGCCGCAACACCAAUCGUCACAGCAAGUAGUAUGUCCCACCUCGGCGUCUUCGCCGUUCACACUUAACUCACCUAUAUCUCACACCGAGCACACGAGCACACCGCAGAGUGUCUACCAAACGACGGGCUCUUCCGAUCCUUGCUUGGAAAGCCCCAACUCCCAACUCUAUCCGCACAUGUCGUCCCCUCUAGAUCCAACAUCGGAGCCGCAACAUCAUUCGCAUCAGCUGCACCGCGGCAUCCCUCCGCCAGGGCUUCACCCCGCGCUCUAUCUCUACGCUCAGUACUCGAAUACGAGUCCCGCGACUUCGUAUUCGGAAUAUAUGCAGCGUAACGAUUAAAAAUAAACGCGAGUUUUCAUCUAGCAUCGAUCGACUUUCCAACGCGAACGAAAAUACCAGUGAGACUGGUGCUAUUUAAUCGCGUCGGUUGAUCAAAGUGCCUAUCGAGCAUCCACUUCCGGUACGUAACAACGGAUGCUCGCUCGUCACGGUUUAGAGAUACGGUUUCGGUUUCGGUCCAGAUGGAGGAGUAACGACGACUCGGCUCGAUCACUGUUCGAUAAAUGCUCGCUAUAAUACUUUGUGUCUUUACAUCUAAUGAAUUUUUCUAUUCACAAACAUCUUUUUAACAUGGGAUUGAAUAGCAUCCGCUUGAAGCGGUUUUUUUUUUUUUUUUUUUUUUAUCGAAUCGACCAUGAAAUCAUGUUGGCGCAGAUCGUUUUGAUAAAUCGAUUGCUGUCCGUACGCGAUGCUAGCUGAAACCGAAGCGUGUAAACCGUAACGUUUCUACGAGUCUCCGCGAUUUCAGCACUAUUGUUUCGCCUGGUUUUAAUCACGUCUCUGCGAAUGUAUAUAUACACAUAUAUUUAUAUGUGUAUAUAUAUAUUAUGCGAACCAUUACGACACAUACACAUAUUUAUAUUAUAUUUUUAAAGAAGUUUAGUCACUUGAAUCUGUGAUAUAGAUAGUAAUUAUUGUCUACAACGUUUUAAACUAUUGGUUUCACUAUUUUGAUGAAUGAUAUCAAAACGAGGAAAAAUGAAAAAAAGCAAUGUCACGAGGCGAUCAAAAAUUUUAGCAAUGCUGGUCUCUACCGAAGGUGUGUUUGGUAGACACCCUAUUAUUAAUUUUACAACAGCAACAACAGUAACACAUACGGCUAAUCCUAACUAUUGUCACUGCUAUUAUUCUAACUACCACUAUCACACGUCUAUCACCACCACCGACAUUUCCCCAAUUAUAUAUUAUCUAUCACUACUAUUACGGCUAUUACUACCACUCUACUAUUACUCUACUGCUACUACGUACUACUAUAUUACUAAAAGAAAAGAACCUACUACAUUAUCGCUAAGGAUACACUCACACAUGCGAGAGCGCGCGUUUUAUUUCGGCAAUUAUGUGUAGCGCAUACGACCACGACCCGUCGCAUAGUCGUCAUGGUUUCUCUUUAGCUUGAAACGCUACGAGAAUUCUUUCUGCCGUUUUCUCAUCUGUAGUAAAACGUUCAUCCCUUCGCAAUACCGACGGAUACGUUCGUAUGUGACGGAGUGCGCGUUUGCGAUAAAAAAAGAAAAGGAAAUUGGUCUUCGUUAGAGGGUAGAACACAGCUUUCAAUCAGUUCCAUAGUUGUACUUACUUUCCACAUAUCUCGAGGUGUAUACAGAGAUAUAUAUAUAUUGUAUAUACAUAUACAUAUACGACGAGUGUAUUAUAAAGCGGAAAAGCAGGAGGGUGCAGGUCAUAAAAAAAAAACACAGUUCUACCACGUAAAUGGCGCAAUAGGCUGUUGAUUCUUCGCGAACGCUCUUAGCUAUUAGUUUAUUAUUAACUCCUGUUCUCUCUCUCUCUUUCUCUCUCUCUCUCUCUCUCUCUCUCUCUCUCUCUUUUACAAUCACGAGCUUUAGUGCAAGCGCGAGGGAACCAUGACAACCGCGCGUAGAACUGGGAGUAAAUCUCGAAGAACACAUCUUAGACGCCGUCAUUUUCGAGUAAUCGGAAUCUGAGAUAAUUGCGACCAACGCGUAAAUGCAAUUACCAACAGUUAGGCACGCGAAACCGCGCGUUGUAGAGUUACGAAGGUACACAAAUCGAAAGAAACUAUAUAUAUUUGCGCUAGCGUGCCUCGAACCUCCUUAUUGCGGUUCUCUCUCUUUCUCUCUCUCUCUUUUCCUUCUCUCUUUCUCUUUCAGCGAUCUAAUUUUUACGUGAAAUGAUCAAAAUGAUCCUGCGCGCGUAUGCCUGAGGCUUUCGAUUUAAAGAGGAUGCGAAAUCACCUGGGCAAGACUGAUCUUUAUCGUAACAAAUUACGAGAUACAAAACGUUUAUUUUCUUUCUUCCUUUUCGCCUAUUCUUUCUCUUCAUUUUUAGCCUCUCUUGUGUCUUUCUGACUUCUGUUUUUUUUUCCGGAGGCGCAUAUAAGCGCGCUGAAAAGAAGAUGAUACGAUAGAGUCUUUCAUUGAUGAAAAGAAGAGCCGCGUAAAAAUGGACGAAUGAGUUAAGCAACUGGGCAAUUGGUUAACGCAAUCCAUCGUUUCAUUAAUUAACGUUCGUUAAUUAAUCAAGCGACUGAUGAAAAUUGAAUAAGCGAUUAAGUUAAUUACGUAUAAGAGAAAUCGUGAACGCGCGAUUUUUUUUUCUGGCUCACGAUCACGAUUGAGGAGCGAAGUGCAAUGAGAGAAAGCAGUUGAUCUUUUUUUUUGUCGGCUAGUCAUUGGGCAGCUCUACGAGAUAUUAAGUGUACUACAAAGCUGUGAUUAAAGCCUCCGUGCAUAUGACCGCGCAGCUCCUAAUUAUAGUGAUACAUAUAUAUAUAUUAUAUAUAUAUUUUGUAGUUUAUUAUAAAUAUGUAAGUAAAAGUGAAAUUAGAUAGUCUUAGAGAUAUUUAAAAAUCGCAGUUCCGGUCGAUCGAUUAAUCACUCACGAUCUCUUUCUUUUUUUCUUUUCCCCUUUUUUCCGUUUUACAUUCUCAGUGUUGGGCAAAAAUAUGUAGAUAUCAUAAGUUAUCGUUUGGGGAGGACUCGCAAUUACGCGAGUGUUUAAAGAGAGUUUUAUACAAGUGCGCGCGGGGCGCGGAUUUACGUUUUAUAAAUUUUUAUAUAACGAUCGUACUGUUUGAAAUAGACGCUUGCUUUUCCAGAGGGCUGCUCUCUAAUCUUAUCGAUGCGUUUUAAGCUGAUUUAUUUUCCAACAAUCUGCGAAUUGCUAGACGAUGCUUAAGCUGCGAAUAAAGGACAAUGUGCGAAAUGUAUUCGUUUAAUAGAAAAACUUUUAGCUUAUUUCGUAAACGUUAAGACUGGAAUUGGACAAAAUGAUCACUUUCAGAAUUUCAUAGAGGCAAAGAUGGUAUUAUGGGUUGUGUAGGUUUUAUGGCCACUGCCGUUAUGUAGUUGCGCUAAUAUGCCAAUACACAAUAGCCGACAUUUGUUACAAGGUAUUUUUACUUUUAAGUAUUUCGAAUUUUUUUCGAGGUACAUUUAUUAUUUAAUUACGCAUACUUUCUUAUUCUUUUUUAACUCGAGCGUAUUAUCACACGAAUGUGUGUACACUCGAUGUUUUUUUUUAGUUAUUUAUCAAAUAUGGCUUCUUUUCUAAAGUUUUCACAUCGGAGUAAUUAUUUGAUAAGUUGGUUGUAGUUUUACUGCUAAUCUAUAGUUUACAUUACAUGUAUUAUAAAUUUUCAUUGCUGCAGUCUGUAUGCAGAAAACUAUGUGUACGUGCAUACAUUUGUACGUAUUCUACAAUAUUUUCUCUUUACUUUGAAUAAAUAUAGAUAAUUUUAUAACAAAAGAUUGUUUUUAAAAUUAAAAUCAAUUUUUUAUUUAAAUUUAUUCUUGUAAUGGGCUGGUUAUCAUUCUUGUUUCUCUUCGACUCAUUGUGCAGUAUCGUCACAUUUUUAUAAAUAAUAUUCAAUAUGAUAAAUAUGUCAUAAUUUCGAGUCUAUUGAAGAACAUAUUGAAUAUAAAAUUAAGUUUUUAAUUCCAAGUAUUGAUUGUUAACGAAGUUACUUUAUGAAAUAUAAACGGACGACCAUAAUAUUAUCUUCUCCUCCACGGGCGACAUUUUGCGAUUCAAGAAUAUAACUCUUGCUAACAGUUUCGCCACGCUUCGAAAUCGCGAACAUCGCAAUUGCAUCUCUCCGGUGAAUGUGACCGGUAAAUUUCAAUCAGUAACGAUCGUAGCCAGUAAAAUCAGCGUCCUGAAACGUAGUGAGAUUUUAACUGUGUUAUCCAAUACGUAGAAUUAGGAGCUAUUUCAGACAGUAUACCGCGUACGGUAUAGGCUGUAUGCGUAUAUUUUUUAGGAUUGCCCAGCACUGACCUAUCGAAACUCACGAAUCGGUAAUAACGAUCUCACACACUGACCGCUUUUUCUCGCGGACGUAUCUCCGAGUUCUAUUUGCGACAUGUAUAUCAAAAAAAUGUGUAUUUUCGUAAGAAGGGGGUGGAAGACGGGUCCUUCCUUUGGGAGUGUCCUUGUCGGACCAAUACAUAUGUAUAUAUGAAAGAAAGACGAUAAAAAUGGAAAAAAAAGAAAAAAAGGAAGAGGACGUUCUGCGGCGUUUCUGAAGCGCGGAAUACGUUCUACAAGUGCUAUAUACUUAUAUAUAACGCGCGAUGAGCGAAUACUUCUACGUAGACUGUGAGAUUGCACAUUUCUUUGUUCAUUUAUCUUGGUUUUUCUGUUUUUCUUCGUGUGCGCCAUGUGUACAAAUUUCUCUUUUUAGUCGCCUAACUAUUCAAUAGCUAGGCAAUUUCGAUGCUUUUUAUUAUCUUUUUUUUUCUUCGUUUAGAUAAGUGUGAAAGAUCUUUUUACUUUACAUAAGGAUAAAAAAAAAUGAUUGUUUCUCUUUUUUUAAUAUAAACGAUAGGCGUGCUAAAUCGCGAGAGUAAGUUGCAAUGAACGAGGAUGUGUAUUUAUAAUAGAGAUUUUAACUGUAUGCUUGACCGAAUUCGUAGACGAUUGAUAUUAAAAGUUCAAGGAUGUAAUAUCAACUUUGUUCCACUUUUUCCCCGCUCGUGACUAAGAUAGAUACUCAUUGCAUUGGCUUAUUUUUGUUCUACGACUGAUAUUUCUCAUGACGUCUUGGAUUAUUUCCGGUAUUUCGAAAGUCGAUUAUCGUCGCAGCAGAGACAUCGCUUGGUUUAAUAUUGAUUUACUCUUUUCGUUAUGACGCUAGAGAUCAAUCGAUCUUACGUCAAUUGUCGAUUUCAUAUAAGAUCGAUUUUAUUAUUAGUGCAAAAAAAUUCGACGUUAGGAUAUCGGCCUGUCCUGACCAUCACAUUAUUGAGAAUUUGAUUUGCCACGAAUCGCACUGUUAAAUAUUAAAGACUCAAAUUAAAAUUAAUUUCUUGAGUUAAAUAACAUUUUGUUGCUUUUAAUUUUCAUGUGUCGAAAAUGAUCAUUUCAAUACAAAACGUGCGCAUAAAAAAAAACAGCCGAGGCUAAUAAACAUAUUCAGUGAUUACAUUACUUAGUAAUCAUUGUUUAUAUUAACGUGUGUGCACCUAGUAAAUAAUUUACUAAAUUUGUGUAAAAUUUAAUAAUUUUUUUUUUAGUUAAAUUGUUUAACUGCGCUGUUAAAUUAAUGUAUUGAGUAGAAAAGCAAUAGAUGCGAUAUAGGAUGAAAGGAUUGAGAAACGACUCAAAUUGAGUACACUUCGACAUUACGAAUUUAACAGUGCGAAAGAGAAAGAGACGACUCGCGAACGUAAUUACCAAAUUUCUAAAAGCACCUUGUACAUAGUGUAAUCAAUAAGGGAAUCAAAAGACGUAUUGCUAGGAGACCAACGUAAAAGCCCCUACGUAAAACAGUUCAGCAAGUUACUGCAUACGAAGUUCAUGCUGUUCUUUGCGAGCAUUGGCGAUUUCAUUAAAACACGAGACAUCGAGACCGAUUGACUUUUAUAUUGUUCAAGUCAUGCAAUUUUAUCAGAACAGUAAUCGCGUGUUAAUUACCAUCAUGGCGAUAAUGAGCAUGUUUAUAUAGCUGAAGAAACUGUUGCAGCUUGUGAUACUCGAGAUAUGAUCUGUUGGAUUUAAUGAACGAUUUGAUUGCUACUUAGCUCUUACACAAAUGCUGUUUACACUGAAUGUUUAUGACAAUGUUAGAAAAUGAAGGGCACUCGUCUUUUUUUACACGAAUAUUUCUCUAAUAACAUUUCUACGCAAAAUCGAUAAAUGAUUAUAAAAUUUUUGUUUUUUUUUUACCAUGGAAUGUAAUUAUACCGAGAACAAUGCAAUGAGAGGUAGUAAUUAUAUGACAGAAAUUGAAUUUUCGAUUUUUGACAAAACAGUAAGUAGUAAAUGAUUGUGUGAAAAGUACCUCUCUAAUAAUUUGAUCUAAUAAUAACGAUAUUUGUUUUGAAAAAUUGUACGAAGAAAUGUAAUAGAAAUAUGAGAAUAUAAAUGUGUAAAGUACUGUGUGUAAGAGAGAUAGUAUCAAUUCAUUUUGCGAUUGUUUACAACAAUUUAAUUUGCUGCAUAUUCUUACAGUUACUUGCGAACGCAUCUAUAUUAAAAAGUAUUUUUUGGACAAUAUGUUUUCAUGAUGAAGAUAUAUUUUAUGAUGGUUACUCAAAUGAGUGACUGUAUAAUUAAUUGGCGCACACAUACACACUACAAAAUAGGAAUCAAUAGGAAAUCUGAAUUCAAUCGAUUUAGUUGGAUCCAAACGGUUGAAGAUUGGAGUAACUAUCAAGAAAUAAAACUGAUAGAAUGCAGAGUGCCAUCCAAAAGUCAGGGAAUUUUAAUUACAUGUUUUUCUGAAAAAAGUUUUAAAUUGAUUAAUUUACUUGUACCUUCUUUAGGAGGUAAUUAAAAAACUUUGAUGUUAUUACAUAUAUUUUUUUAAAUAAAUGUUGUAAGUAGACAUUAAAUUUGUUUGAGCUUCUGGUAAUGUCAAUAAUUGCAAGAGUGUUAAAUGAAGCCAACAAAUUUUAGAAAGUUUGUUUAAGAAUAGUGUCAUUACACUUAAAAAAUUUUUUUAUUUUUUACACGAUUGACAUUUUUUUAGUAUUAAAAAUAUAAUUUAAAAUUAUUUAAAACAUAGAAUUCAAAUUUCUAACCCUUUUGGAUAGUAAUCUCGUAUUUUUUUUGCAAUUGGUGACAAAACAAUAAUAAAAUGAUUGUCUUUUGUGACAUUAAUGAUUAUAUAAUAAUGUGACAUAGGCAAGAGGAUUGUAUUUGGUUAAAACAGAUUUUGGUGCCUAGUAAUAUUUUUGCGUGAGUUUUUGUUAGUAAAAAUUGUAAAAUUCACGUAAAAAUAUUAUUAAUUAUCAAUAUCCGCUUUGAUAAAAAAAGAUUUCUCUGUAUUCUUAUCGGUCGAAUUUCAUUUUUUGAUAAUAAUGUGACUUGUGCUAAAUUAAUAAAAUUAAUUAAAAUUAAUUAAAACUAAAUAAUACAUAUCUUUGAAGAAGUUUAUAAAAGUGUUAAAUACAGUCUAAUUGCUUUAUCAUACAAUAAGAUAUAGUAUUAUUUUUACAAGGAAAAUUUUUGAAAAGGAAAACACUUCAUGUAUAUUCAUCGUGAAAACAUAUUUUACUUUCUAUAAGAGAGUCAUGUACGAUAUACUUGUUAUUAAAAAUUGGCUGUUUAGAUUUACGUCUGUGAUUAUUUUACAUGAUAUUAAUUUACAUUACAAGUAGCAUUAUUUUAUUAAAGAAUUUUAUUUAGAAUUGGGAGCGCAAAGUUGAUAUUUAAUUUACUUUUGAAAGAUACGAACAAAGAAGCAGUUUGUACUCAUAUAAAUUUUUAUCUAACAUAAUCAUAUCCUGUGAUUUUAUAUUAAAUUUAGUGCUGCUUAGCUUCCAGGAUAGCGAUAAUUUGCAAUAUAAUCGUUAUAUUAUCUCAUCUUUAAUUAUCUCAUUUUUUAUGACCUUGCAGUGCGGAAGAAA